UUAUUCCCUUUUAUUUGUUCUUGAAAGAGAAGCUAUGGCUGUUGCCUUUGAUGAAUAUCCACAUAGUAGAAGAAUGGUUAGAAGAAAAGCCAAACUUAUUUGUCAACAAUAUGAACAACGUUGGAAAAGAAAGGAUUCUUUAAGUUCAUAUGAUAGUGCAGCAGAAUUUAAUAUUUCUUCUUCUAAUCAACAAAAUAAAUCAAACGAAUUAAUGGAUAAAAGAGAAGAUGAAGAAGCAGAUGAUGAUUGCUAUUAUUUUAUGGAACAUUCAUCUUCUAGUAUUGAGGCUAAACUUAAUGAAAUUCAGAGAAAUGUUAAUUUAAUAAAUAAAGAAUUGGAAAUUGCUGAAAGGAAUUUUUUGGUUUGGAAAAAUAAUUAUUUUAUUACUAGUAGGGUUGCCAAAAUGGCACGACUCGGACCGAAAAAUCGAGUCAGGCCUAAGAUAUUUGGCCCGAAAAUGACUUAUACCGGUCCGACUCAAAAACGGCAACCCUAA